AUGAGUGAUGCCAAAAGUACUCCAAAAGAACUUCCCAUUUUGGAUCAAAUGCGUAUAGAGAAAGAAUUAGAUGAGGUUGUUCAUAGGCAACGCCUAACACCUCGACCAAUAGAUUUUUCUACUAUUCCAAGACAAUUAUUUGAACCACUUAUAGGAUGUGGUAUUUGUACUAAACCAAUCAAAAAAACUCUUAUUUGUCAAAAAUGUCUAGCGCGAUAUUGUUCAACAUGUAUCUCAAAAGCAAAAUUUAGAAAUAAAGAUAAUUAUAAAUGUCAAAAAUGUCAUGUACUUUUUGAUAAUAAAAUAAAGUUAGUACAAGAUAAAACAUUUGACAUUAUUGUUGAAAUGAUAGAAAAUCAUUGUCCAGAAAAAAGAUUUAUAUAUCCAAUAGAUGAAGUUAUGGAUGAUGAUUAUAAUAUGAAAAAAUGUAAUUUAUAUGAAAGAGAUAAAAAUAAUAUAUCUAAUAAUACAUCAACAAUUUCUGAAAAAUUAAAUUUUUUGUCUUUCAAAGGAGAUUAUAGUAAUAAUCAUCCACUAGUGAAAGAAGAAUUUAUUGAGGAAAAUAGUAAUGCCGAAAUAAAUUAUGAAUAUGAAUCACACCCGGUUAUUAAUAAUUCAGUAACAAGUAAUAAUUUGAAUAACCUAUGUAAUAUAAAUAAAAAUGGGAAAUCAAUUUACAAUUUAACAAAUAAUAAUUCUCUUGUUAUUCCAUAUUUAAGGCAAGAAGAUUUACUAUGUUCCUCAUUUGAAUCUAGUACACGUUCAGGAAGAAUGUUAAAUAUACGUCUAUCACCAGAUAUAAAUAUUAUAAAUUGUUUUGAUCGUUUAGGUGAAAUUGUACGUAUACCAUUAUAUUUAAAAGUAUCUCCAAAUUUUAAAGUUAAAGAAUUUAAAAAGUGGGCUUUGAAUAGAAUCUCAGAACUUUUUGAAAAACAAGGAGUUUCAUCAAUAAAAUUGGGUGACGAAAACAUUGAUCUAUACUGGAGUGAAUUUAAACCGGUUAUAUUAAAUGUUCCACAAUCACCAGAUAAUAUAUCUUCCGGAAGUUUAAGUAAAAAACCUAAACUUGAAUUAACAAUAACUAAUAACUUACCACAACUAACGCAACAAAUAUCAACAACAAAAUUAAGUAAAAGAGAUACAAUUAUAAAUACACUUGGAGAAGAAAUGACAAUAGAUAUUUUUAUUAAAACCUAUAUGGAAGAACAAUAUAAAAUGAAUCUAUUUGUAGAUAUAUUUUUUAAAUUUCGCACUCAAUCCUCCAAUGAGUAUUCUAUAAUAACAAAUUUAUACUAG